AGGUUGGAGAAGGAAACGGGGGAAGGUUUUUUCAUUCACUUAUUUUUAUGUCUCCGGGAUUUCCCCGCGCCGAAACGGCGACGCGAGGGCAGUUGCCGCCAGAGUUUCUUUUCCCCGGAUCGGAUCAGAGAGGUUAAACAGGAUUAGACGGAGUUCACCAGGUCGGGUGCCGCUGAGGGGCUUAAACCCGGGAGGACGAUUUUCUUCAAAAUAAAAGUGAAUUAAGUAAACAUGGAGCGAUAUCACCCUCCGCGCUCCCACUCUCCCCAUUGCGGGGAGAACGAUGUCCACCGGAAAAAACUGUUCGCUGGUCCCAGUCCCUGCGAUGGUCAGGCUGCCCUUGGGCCGCAACGUGGAGAUGCGGCGAGAAGGAACAAAUUCAACUUGAAUAUCAAAACAUUGACAGAUGAUAUGCUGGACAAAUUUGCCAGUAUCCGAGUUCCAGGCAGCAGACGAGGCAGACCAGUUCUUCCAAAUCUGAAGCAUGCACAACUUUCCAGUCAUGACUGGCCUGCACAAUCGCCAGAAUAUGAAUAUUCCUCAAAGCAGCUGCCAGAGAAGGAAGUUAGUUCACUCUUUGAAAAGAUGAUGGAAGAUAUGAACUUAAAUGAAGAGCGAAAGGCUCCUCUGCGUGAGAAGGAUAUGAGUAUUAAAAGGGAAAUGGUUGUGCAAUAUAUUGGUGCAACUUCCAAUACAGGCAGUCUGAAGAACAGACAGUACACUGCUACCUUACCCCACGAGUUCAUCCAUGAACUAAAAUCAGGUGUUGCGGAUGAAAGACUCUUCAGUUCUCUGGAAUCCCUCCGGGUAUCUCUGAGCAGCAAUCCUAUCAGUUGGGUAGGAAGCUUUGGAAAUGAAGGUUUGAGCCAGCUGUUGGAUGUCCUGGAGAAAUUACUGAAUAAGAAGCACCAAGAAAAAAAUGACCGCAAGAGCCAGCAUAAAGUGAUUCAGUGUUUGAGGGCGUUUAUGAACAACAAGUAUGGAUUGGAAAGAAUCUUGGGAGAAGAACGAAGUAUAUUCUUGCUGGCCAGAGCUAUUGACCCAAGACAGCCUAACAUGAUGACAGAUGCAGUCAAGCUUCUAUCAGCAAUUUGUAUUGUUGGAGAAGAAAAUAUCCUUGAAAAUGUUUUAGAAGCCAUAACUACAGCAGGAGAACUAAGGAAAUGGGAAAGAUUCUACCCCAUUGUGGAAGGUCUACAUGACACCCCUGUUCAAUUAAAGGUGGCAUGUAUGCAACUUAUUAAUGCCCUUGUGACCACUCCUGAUGAUUUAGACUUGAGGAUACACAUACGAAAUGAGUUUGUGCGUUGUGGACUGAGAGAGAUACUGCCGGAGUUGAGAUUAAUUAAAAAUGAUGCACUGGAUAUUCAGCUGAAAGUAUUUGAUGAGCACAAAGAAGAAGAUAUGAUUGAGUUUUCACAUCGCUUAGAUGACGUUCGAUCUGAACUAGAUGAAAUUAAUGAUGUUUAUAAUAUGCUGUCUAACACAGUGAAGGGCACAGAUGCUGAAAAUUAUUUUCUAUCCAUUCUUCAACACAUGUUGUUGAUCAGGAAUGACUAUUUUGUGAGGCCACAGUAUUUCAAGAUAAUAGAAGAAUGUGUUUCCCAGAUUGUGUUACACCACAGUGGCGUCGAUCCUGACUUCACAUACCGCAAACGAUUAGAUGUAAACUUUGAUCAUCUUGUUGAUAUUUGUGUUGACAAAGCAAGAGUCGAUGAGUGUGAACAAAGGCUCUCUGAACUUACUAGAAAGUUUGAUGAAGAGUUUACAGCCCGGCAAGAAGCACAGGCCCAAAUACAGAAGAGAGAAGAAAAAAUCAAUGAGCUUGAAGCUGAAUUGCAGAAUCUCAAAGCUCAGCUUUCAGCAUUACCACCUAAUGUAAGGGCCACUGUGGCUGGCGUACAAAGCAGAGUCACACUCAACAAUUCUCCAUCUUCAACUUGUAGUGGAAUGCCACCACCGCCACUGCCUUCGCUGAUAUCUGGGCCUCUUCCUCCUCCACCACCACCACCACCUCCACCACCUCCCCCGCCACCACCAGCAACAGGGUUUAAAGGAGGACACUGGUCUCCAACUCCUCAUACGCUACCACAUGGAUUAAAACCUAAAAAAGAAUUCAAAUUAGAUAUCAACAUGAAGAGAGUCAACUGGUGUAAGAUCAGACCACUUGAAAUGCCUGAGAACUGUUUCUGGAUAGGAGCAAAUGAUGACAAAUAUGCAAACCCCGACCUGUUUGCUCGAAUUAGUUUUAUCUUUGGUGCACAGAAACGAGGCAAAAAAGAUGAGGAAUUUGAAGAGAAAAAAGAUAUCAAGAAGAGAAUUAAAGAACUUAAAGUUUUAGACCCAAAGAUCGCACAGAAUCUCUCCAUUUUUCUUGGAUCUUUUCGGAUGCCUUAUGAAGAGAUCAAAAGGAUUAUUUUGGAAGUGGAUGAAGAGCAAUUGACCGAGUCUAUAAUCCAGAACUUGGUGAGCCAUCUACCACAACAAGAGCAGAUGCUUACCUUGGCACGUUUCAAGAAUGAUUACAAUAGCCUGUCAGAACCGGAGCAAUUCGGAGUUGUGAUGAGCAAUGUCAAGAAGCUACGUCCACGGCUGAAUGCUAUUCUGUUCAAGCUUCAAUUUGAGGAACAGGUGAAUAACAUCAGACCUGAUAUUAUAGCUGUCACCACUGCAUGCGAGGAGUUAAAGAAGAGUAAGAGAUUUGGAAACCUGCUGGAGCUGGUGUUGCUAAUUGGAAACUACAUGAAUGCUGGGUCUCGAAACGCUCAAACAUAUGGCUUCAACAUCAACUUCCUGUGCAAACUAAACGAUACCAAAUCAGCCGAUCAAAAAACCACAUUCCUACAUUUCCUAGCACAAAUUUGUGAGGAAAAGUAUCCAGAUGUUUUAAAGUUUUCAGAUGAUCUGCAAAAUGUGGACAAAGCUAGCAAAGUAUGUGCAGAAAACUUGGAGAAGAACCUUAAGCAGAUGGAGAAACAGCUUCAACAGCUUGAAAAGGAUUUGGAAACUUUUCCUCCACCAGAGGACCUGCAUGACAAGUUUGUGACAAAGAUGUCCAGAUUUGCCAGUCAUGCCCAGGAAGAGUACUGUAAACUGGCCAACAUGCACAGAAACAUGGAAAAGCUGUACCAUGAUUUGAUGCGCUACUUUGUUAUCAAUCCAAAGAAAGUCACAACAGAGGAGCUUUUUAGUGAUAUCAGUAAUUUCAGGUCCAUGUUCAUGCAAGCCAUCAAAGAAAACACAAAGCGGAGGGAGGCAGAAGAAAAACUGAGAUAUGCCAAACUGGCUAAAGAGAAAGCCGAGAAAGAAAAAUGGGAUAGGCAACAAAAGAAAAGGCAUCUACUGGAGAAGAAUUCAGAGGGUGAUGAGACAGGCGUGAUGGAUAGCCUGCUAGAGGCCCUGCAGUCAGGUGCUGCAUUCAGAGACCGAAGAAAACGGACACCAAGGCCUAAAGAUACUCGACAAAGUACAAGUCCAAAUUCACAAUGGCCUGUUUUGAAGGCUUGGAACCAGGAAAAUCAAAAGGCACCAUUGGAAAGGUCUAGCCAGAAUAUCCAUUUGAACACAACAAGAAUUCCAAGUGUCAAGGAACUCAGUUACGAAACAGAGGCUCAUUCAUCUACUACAAGAAGUAAAGUUGUCAGGAAAAGGGAGGGACAUGCUGUUUUAGACAUAAGGAAGAAGGAGUUGGGAACUGUUAUUUCCAGUGCUGAGGAUGAUGCUGUUCCUGAAGUAGAAGCACUACUGGCUAGGUUACGUGCUCUGUAGACCCUAUGUUAACAUUGAGAUCUAACUAUACUUAAAAGCAGCAAAAUGUUAAAGCUGUUUUAACAUAUUGUAAUGAAUACUAUCAAAUACAAAUUUUCAAGAAUUGGUAUAAGCACUUUGUGAUUUUGGAGAUAAACCUGUAACAACAAAAUAUAAGUUUAAGGUGCAGAAGCUAUUUCCCAGUACUGGUAAAGCAAAGCAGCAAGAAUCCAUCUGCCUUGUGUGCUGCAUUUGUUUGCCCUAUUUCUAUGAGAAAUCUACUUAUCCAAAUUGACUUUGCUCUUCCUUGCUGUUUACACACACUUUAUCCCAAAAUCAGAUUAUGUAUGUAUCAAAUGUUUUCAAUUCACAAUGUAACACAUGCAGUGCAUUUGCAGAAAUCAGCAGGUUUCAAAUCAAACCAUUUGUACCCAUACUUCUCCAAUGCUUCAUAUUUUUAAUCAUUUUUACAUCAGUACGAAGAAAAUCUUGAUUCAACUGCUGCGGUUUACCAAUACAUUUUGAUUCAUAACAAGUGCAAAUUAGAUAUGGAACUAAUUUGGUGUUUGCCAUGUGAAUAGGAUUAUUUUUAUUGUUCAUACAGCUGCCAUUUUAAUUUAUAAUGGAAGGCAAUGUCUUAUUAACAGUACUGAAAUGAAACAGACACUUACCAAUAGAAACUCGGUACAAAAUAUACCUUACUCUCUUUCCAAACUAUCACAAUAAUAAUUCUACUACAGUGGAAUGUAUGCUUACCAAAUAUUGCACAGUAGAAAAUUGCUUAUGUACCAAAGAAUAUCAUAAUUUGCUUAUAUUGUUUUUAAAACAGCAUAUAUUAUUUGUAGACCUAUGUAGUUUUCUCUAACAUGUUUCUGUAUGUACAUACACAUAUAUUAUAUAUUCUUUCUAUUCGUUGUCAUAUUCAUUGAUUGUUGGAGCGGAGUUUUAUUUUGGUGAUUUUUACAGUGCUUUUAUCCUCUGUGUGCUCCAGUCAGAUAGAGUGAAAGAUGCUGCUUACCAUCAUUGUAUAAACACUUUUGGCAUCAAUUAUUAUUUAAUGUAUAAUCUUUACAAUUUGUUGGCCAUAUUUUCAGAGCAUUCUCCUCUUUGCGUUAUAUCUAAAUAUGCAGACUGAAUUCCAAUUAUUUUUCUUCAGAUUCUUCUCAUGUCCCUUGUGAUUUUGCAUAACAGGUAUAUUAUUCUUCAUUGCAAGUGGGUUGCCCAUCCCUCCCUAAACUGUCAACUCACCUUGAUUUGACUCGCAUCCACUUUUCAGGAAUUAAUGGGAACAAAGUACCUUGUGAAUGCUAUAGAAAGUAAUUGGUGAUCAAAUAAUGUAUAGCAGAUAGGUAUAGAAGUCCAUUUUUGGUUUUGGGUUUGUUUGUGAGCAGUUGGUAUACUUGAACUAACAUGGGACCACAUACAUUCAUAUAAAAUUCUGUCUGAUCAUUCAAUAUUUUACUUGUAAAUAUUACCAGCAAAUCAAUUCAUAACUUAAAUCUGUUUAAAAAUGUUAGUGUGUUAUCUGGGAAAUUAUGCAAUUAUUUCUGUAAUGGGCAUUACAAACAAGUAACUUCACAUGGAAAUUUAAUAUUUGCAAAUUAUCUAAACACUCCUUAGAAUCCAUUCAUGCAUGCAUUAAAAAGGUCCCAUGUGUGAAAUUUGUAUCUAUGUCACUGUAGAACAAACAUAUUUUCAGAACCUAAAACGUUAAGUAUAUUGCUGUUUUUUUUAUUAUACCUAAUGCUUUGAUUUCCUGUCUCUCAAUUGCUAAAAGCAAUAGUUAGUAGGUAAUUCAGAAUAAGAGACAAGGCACAUUAUGUAGGGUUAAAAUAUUUCUAUAAUAAAAAUGUGAGUUAUACAGAAAUAAUUUAUUUGUUCCUUUUGACAGAGUGAUUACAAAAAAAUAUAAACCAGAUUGGUUCCAGUUAUUCAAAUCAAGUCAUACACCGUUGUGACCUGGAAUUAUACCAUCAUUCCUUUGCUGUUACUGGGUCAAAAUCCUGGAACUCACUUAGCCAUGAAACCCACAUCACAUGAACAAAUAAGUGAAUAAAAAAUUCAAAUGAUUGAGUUA